CAGGGACCCUGGAUCAUGAACCUCUCCCGGAGGAGACUCGUGUUUCAGGGGGGCGCGUGGUGGGACUGCACUGCACCCUGGGAGCUGGGGUGGAGGGGCGGAGUCUGGGCUGAAGUUCUCCAGGAGGUGGAGGAUGCCGGGAUCCCCAACCCCUUCCGCGGGACGCCGCCCGAAGAAUUCACCGCGAAUCUGCACGGUUUUAAGAAAAAGACUUUUAAAAAACCCAAGGCCUGCGGAGUUUGCACAGAAGUCAUUGACGGCCAGGGGGUUUCGUGCCGAGCCUGCAAGUAUUCCUGCCACAAGAAAUGUGAGGCCCAGGUGGUGGUGCCCUGCGGUGUGCCAGUCCCUCAGGAGCAGGCCCCAGCUGGGUCCGCACUGCCAGCUCCUGUGCGUUGUGAGCAGCCUGUGUGGCCUGCGGCCCUGAGGCCCACCAUGGCGGACGGCCACCAGCUGGACCUCACCUACAUCACAGAGCGCAUCAUCGCCAUGUCCUUUCCCACCGGCUGCUCUGAGGAGUCCUACCUGCACAGCCUGCAGGAGGUCACGCGCAUGCUCAAGUCCAAGCACGGGGACAACUACCUGGUAUUAAACCUUUCAGAGAAGAGAUUUGAUCUCGCAAAGCUUAACCCAAAGAUCAUGGAUGUGGGCUGGCCGGAGCUGCAUGCACCGCCCCUGGACAAGAUGUGCACGAUAUGCAAGGCCCAGGAGUCCUGGCUGAACAGCGACCCGCAGCACGUGGUGGUCAUCCACUGCAGGGGCGGGAAAGGACGCAUCGGCGUGGUCAUCUCAUCCUACAUGCACUUCACCCACGUCUCGGCCAGUGCUGACCAGGCCCUGGACAGGUUUGCCAUGAAGAAGUUUUAUGACGACAAAGUCUCGGCGUUGAUGCAGCCCUCGCAGAAGCGGUACGUGCAGUUCCUCAGCGGGCUGCUGUCGGGCACCGUGAAGAUGAACGGCGCGCCCCUCUUCCUGCACUGCGUCGUGCUGCAUGGCACCCCCAACUUCGACGCCAGUGGAGCCUGCCGGCCCUUCCUGAAGCUCUACCAGGCCAUGCAGCCCGUAUACACGUCAGGGAUCUAUAACAUUGGCCCUGAGAGCCCGAGCAGGAUCUGCAUUGCCAUAGAGCCGGCCCAGCUGCUGAAGGGGGACGUCAUGGUGAAAUGCUAUCACAAGAAGUACCGCUCGGCCACGAGAGACGUGGUCUUCCGGCUGCAGUUCCACACGGGUGCCGUGCAGGGCCACGCGCUGGUGCUAGGGAAGGAGGAUCUGGACAGCGCCUGCGGCGAUGACCGCUUCCCCCACCACGGGAAGGUGGAGCUGGUGUUCUCUUCCACGCCAGAGAAGAUGCGAGGCCCCGAGCACCUGCACAACGACCAUGGUGUCAUCGUGGACUUCAACACGGCGGACCCCCUCAUCCGCUGGGAUUCCUACGAGAACCUGAGCGCGGACGGUGAAGUGUUGCAUACACAAGGCCCCGUAGACGGCAGCCUCUACGCCCGGGUGCGGAAGAAGAGCUCCCCCGACCCCUGCAGCCCGCAGACCCUGCCGGCCACCGGCAGCCCGGACCACAGCGACCACACCCUGUCGGUCAGCAGCGACUCCGGCCACUCCACCGCCUCUGCCAGGACGGAUAGGACGGAGGAGCGGGUGGCCACCGGGCCGCCCAGGGGCUUGAGCCCGCAGGAGAAGGCCGAGCUAGACCAGCUGCUCAGCGGCUUCGGCCUGGAGGACACAGGGGGCAGCUCCAAGGGUGUGAUGGAUGCACGCAGCAAGUUUGGGGGCACGCGCCACGUGGUGCCCGCGCAGGUCCAUGUGAAUGGGGAUGCCGCCCUGAAGGAGCGGGAGACUGACAUCCUGGAUGAUGAGGCACCACACCCCGGCCCGCGCAGCGUGGACAGCCCAGGCACCCUGCCCUCCUCGGAGGGGCUGCCAUCUGCCCACCUGGGCCCCUUUGCCUGCAGCCAGAGCAGCCAGCGCUCCCUGCUGCCUGACGCCUUUGGCUCCCCGGUUGGGGAGGACGGGGCCCCCAGCCUGGGCACAGGCGUGGACGCCAUCUACGAGCGGGAGCGGACGUUUGGCAAUGGCCGAGAGCCCAGGCAGCUUCAGCCGGUGCCCAGGAAGCCGUCGGCACCUGGGCCCACCUUUGUGCAGAGUGGCUACCCGACCCAGAGCUGGGUGCGGCAGCAGCAGAUGGUGGCUGCCCAGCAGUACAGCUUCGCGCCUGACGGGGAUGCCAGGCUGGGCGGCCACGGCCCCGAU